UAGGUACAAGUUCUAUCCCGACACAUGCAUUCGCUCCCCCUCACUCUCCCUCCACCAAUAUCACCAGGCCCCAAAACACUCCUUCCUUCCACUUCAACCAUGGCUUUGACGUCUUCUAUUUCUCUACGGCCUUUCUUUUCGUCCGCCACCACUGAUCUAAACGACCACAGCUUAAUCUCAGGGAACUUGUUGAAGAACUUUUCGCUCAAUAGACCAACUUUGAAAGGAAGCCAGUUGUUUAGGAGGUCGUUCAAAUUGACUUGUUCAAUAGACAGAGAAAUGGAUGUUAGCACAUCGGCUUUGAUUGAUGGUGUAGCAGAGUGCCUAAAUGAAACGCAGGUGGAGCCAAGUAUUUCAACCAUGGUGCUGAAUUUUGAGAAUAAGUUUGAUCCUUAUGAAGCGAUCAGUACACCAAUUUACCAAACUGCUACUUUUAAGCAGCCAUCAGCAACCGAAAAUGGCCCCUAUGAUUAUACCAGGAGUGGAAAUCCUACACGGGACGCUUUAGAAAGCCUCCUCGCAAAGCUUGAUAAAGCAGAUCGAGCAUUUUGCUUCACUAGUGGAAUGGCUGCUUUGGCUGCUGUUUCUCAUCUUGUUGGAACUGGUGAGGAAAUUGUUGCUGGAGAUGACCUGUAUGGUGGUUCUGAUCGGUUGCUGUCAAAAGUAAUUCCAAAAAAUGGAAUAGUAGUGAAGCGAGUAAAUACAAGUGAUUUGGAUGAGGUUGCAUCUGCCAUCGGACGGCGAACAAAGCUUGUCUGGCUGGAGAGUCCAACCAACCCUCGGCAACAAAUAUCUGAUAUUAGAAAAAUAGCAGAGAUGACUCAUAAAUAUGAUGCUCUUCUGUUGGUGGAUAAUAGUAUGAUGUCCCCAAUAUUGUCACAACCCUUGACACUCGGAGCAGACAUCGUUAUGCACUCAGCUACAAAAUUUAUUGCUGGACAUAGUGAUCUCAUGGCCGGCGUGCUUGCUGUGAGAGGGGAAAGCUUGGCAAAAGACUUGUAUUUCCUACAAAAUGCAGAAGGCUCUGGGCUAGCUCCAUUUGACUGUUGGAUCUGCUUACGAGGAAUUAAGACAAUGGCUUUACGAGUUGAGAAGCAACAGGAGAAUGCACAGAAGAUUGCUGAAUUUCUUUCAUCCCAUCAUCGAGUGAAGAAAGUUUACUACGCUGCUCUUACUAAUCAUCCUGGAUACGAUUUACAUAAUUCCCAGGCAAAGGGUGCAGGGUCUGUGCUUAGCUUUUUAACGGGCUCACUGGCACUCUCAAAGCAUAUUGUUGAGACUACCAAGUACUUCAGCAUAACUGUCAGUUUUGGGAGUGUGAAGUCCCUCAUAAGCAUGCCCUGCUUCAUGUCUCACGCAAGCAUUCCUGCUGCAGUACGUGAGGCCAGAGGGUUGACAGAAGAUCUGGUCAGAAUAUCAGUGGGGAUCGAGGAUGUGAAUGAUUUAAUUGCUGAUUUAGACCACGCGCUUAGAACUGGACCUCAGUAGGCGCCCGCAGUAACCUGAAACAGCUUCAAAUUAUUUACAUACAGAUAAUAUGACUAAACGUGCGUAGGAAUGGUUCCCUUAUUAAAAAAGUGCGUAGGAAUGGUCCAAUUGUGGAGCUUUGUAGGAUUUGGUUUCUGCAAUUUUGAAUGCUUGAUUGGAAUGCAUCUCAUUUUUCUUUUGUGGCCCAAA